AUGAUGGGUGAGCGCCCGAAUCCGAAGGACAGUAUUGAUUAUACUGUGCCUGUUAUCAAUAGUGGUGAGUUUGGAUUUGACAUUGGCUCGUUGGCUGAUUAUUUCGGUAUUCCGACGGGCGUUGCAAAUCUUGAUGUCAAUGUUUUGCCGUUUCGCGCAUAUGCCAAGAUUUGGGAUGAUUGGUAUCGUGACACGAAUUUGCAGGACAGCAUCAUCAAUGUGGAACAGGAUUUGGGCGAUUCCAAUCUAACUCCAUUGAUUGGAAUAAAUUGCUCCCUCGUGGGCAAGAAGAAAGACUAUUUUACCUCUGCUUACCUUCUCCUCAACGGGGAGAUGCCGUCACUGUGCCGCUCGGUUCUACCGCUCCUGUUUACGGCAUUAAUGGUGUUCCGUUGCAGUUGGACUGUUAAUCCCGAUUCUAGGUUGCAACGCAGUGAGUACCUUGGUGGCGAAUCCAAAAUUAUCGGUAUGGUCGGUAGUUAG